UGACACAAGUGGAUGAAUUGCACACAAAAACAGCGAGCUCCAUAAACCCUAAAACCGAGCUCUCUUUCCCUCAGCCCCUCUUUACCCUAAAACCCUAAAAAAAGAGCUCCGAAGAGCUAUCAAUCCAGAGCGGAAAGCAGACAGCCAGACACUCGAAACUCAACUAUGACCGAAGCCAUUCCAUCAAAGGUCAUGUUUCCGUACGAAGACGCAGAUGAAACCUUAGAAGAAGCAGCCACCGCCAGCUCCAACUUGGAGGAGGACUCCGCCAUGUGCGAGCCCGAGGAUGCUUCGGUGGCUGGUGGCGAUAAGACCAGUGCUGAUUAUUACUUCGAUUCCUACUCCCAUUUCGGUAUUCAUGAGGAAAUGCUGAAGGAUGUGGUGAGAACCAAGACUUACCAGAAUGUUAUUUACAAGAACAAGUUUUUAUUCAAGGACAAGAUUGUUCUUGAUGUUGGAGCUGGAACAGGAAUACUAUCCCUCUUCUGUGCAAAAGCUGGAGCAAAACAUGUUUAUGCUAUUGAGUGCUCACAAAUGGCUGACAUGGCAAAAGAGAUUGUUAAAGCAAAUGGUUUUUCAGAUGUUAUAACUGUAUUGAAGGGAAAAGUUGAGGAAAUUGACCUUCCUGUCCCUCAAGUGGAUAUUAUAAUUUCAGAAUGGAUGGGGUACUUUUUGUUAUAUGAGAACAUGUUAAAUACAGUUUUGUAUGCUCGUGAUAAAUGGCUGGUUAAGAAUGGAAUUGUGCUACCUGAUAACGCAUCUCUCCAUCUCACAGCAAUUGAGGAUGCAGAGUACAAAGAAGACAAGAUUGAAUUUUGGAACAAUGUAUAUGGAUUCGACAUGAGUUGUAUCAGGAAGCAAUCAAUGAUGGAACCUCUUGUUGACACAGUUGACCAAAAUCAAAUUGUAACAAAUUCUCAGUUACUUAAGACAAUGAACAUUUCCAAAAUGACAUCAGGGGAUGCAUCAUUUACAGCUCCUUUCAAGCUUGUGGCUGAACGUGAUGAUUACAUUCAUGCCCUUGUGGCAUACUUUGAUGUCUCCUUUAGCGUGUGUCACAAAAUGACAGGCUUCUCUACAGGGCCAAGGUCAAGAAACACACAUUGGAAACAAACGGUUUUAUAUCUUGAAGAUGUGUUGACUAUUUGUCAAGGAGAGUUUGUUGUCGGGACAAUGACAGUCACACAAAACAAGAAAAACCCGAGAGAUGUCGACAUCACUCUCAAGUACACGUUAAAUGGACGUCGUUGUAAUGUCUCAAAAACCCAACAAUAUAAAAUGCGUUGAAUGGACACAAGGGUAUUUUGGUCAUUUCUUGGGGUGUUUUUGAAACUUGUUUAAGAAUCCCGAUUUAUGUGACACGGUUAUUGUAACAUCUCAAAUUGGUUUUUUUCAUUAAUGAUUUCUUGGCAUUCUAUAUUCUAA